AUGAAACUAGAAAAAGAACUCCAAGAUCCAGCAAAACCCAAUCCUUGUCAAGCUUUAAACUUUAUGAACCAUACAAAAUUGACAACACCCAAGCUGCCCAAGUCCAUCUCCACUUCUUCCCCACCUGCCCUUCAGCCCAUUGUUGCCUGUAGAAUUUGCCCUUUCACUGGGAAGAAAUCAAACAGAGGAAACGAGAUUUCCUUCUCAGCUCACAAGACCAAAAAGUUGCAGUUUGUGAACCUACAAUACAAGAGGGUUUGGUGGGAAGCUCGGAAAUUAAACUGCGUUCGUCAACUAAAGCAUUGA